UUCAAGGUCUCCAGUUUCAGGCCUUGACGUCCGCCCUCCGGGGAGGAAACGGAACGGAUCUGUAGAUGCAGUUCUGCUCUGCUGGCCGGUUUCAGAACAGACCGGGGCGAACUAAUCACGGAAUGACGCUGUGCUCGGUUUCUCUGUCAUAUAUCCAUAAGGACAAACCGCAUCCGAAUCUCACGUGUGCAACCCCGGAGGGUGACAGUGGUGCCACACAACUGGAUAACAGGCGGUUAUCAAAAUUGGAGCUGCAGCAAGAGAUAAACGUGGCACGGGGAUUUUUGUCCGAGGACUCAUUUGAGAGGAAUACCUACAGAGCCUCUGAAUAGGAGGGUAUUACGUGGUGGACUGCACCGGGCCGCAAUGUCAGUCUUGCCCUCUUUCGGCUUUACGCAGGAGCAGGUCGCGUGCGUCUGCGAGGUGCUGCAGCAGGGUGGAAACCUGGAGAGGCUCGGACGUUUCCUUUGGUCCCUGCCAGCCUGUGACCACCUCCACAAAAACGAAUCCGUGCUGAAAGCGAAGGCCUUGGUGGCCUUCCAUCGGGGAAACUUCCGUGAGCUCUACAAGAUCCUGGAGAGCCACCAGUUCUCCGUGCACAACCACCCGAAGCUGCAGCAGCUGUGGCUGAAGGCGCACUACGUGGAGGCGGAAAAGUUGCGGGGCCGCCCGCUAGGCGCUGUGGGCAAAUACCGCGUGCGCAGGAAAUUUCCUUUGCCCCGUACGAUCUGGGACGGUGAGGAGACCAGUUAUUGCUUUAAGGAGAAGUCUCGGGGCGUGCUGCGUGAAUGGUACACGCACAAUCCCUAUCCAUCUCCACGGGAAAAGCGAGAGCUGGCGGAGGCAACGGGACUGACCACCACACAGGUCAGCAACUGGUUUAAAAACAGGAGGCAGAGAGACCGGGCAGCUGAGACAAAAGAGAGAGAAAACAGCGAGAACAACGGCGUUGGCGGUAAGCAGAGCCAGCGGUCUCCGCUCGACGGAGUGAAGUCGCUCAUGUCCAGCUCGGAGGAUGAGUUCUCUCCGCCGCAGAGCCCCGAGCACAACUCCGUGCUUCUACUGCAGGGGAACAUGAACACUCCCGGGGCUUCCGCAUACCCAAUGCCCGGCCUCGGUGCACAGCACUCGGUGCAUAGCAUGCAAGGACAUCCGCAUCAGAUGCAGGAUUCAUUGUUGGGAUCUCUAACAUCCAGCCUUGUGGAUUUAGGAUCUUAGGACGUCUCGUUCAUAUUUUAAGCGACAAGACUUAAAACCAUAAAUAACCAAUAUUUACAGCGUUACCGCAUACUUUCAUGACGCACAGGACGUUUGCUGAAAUAAACUAUUCUUUUGCAAACGAUUAGGAAAAGGGAGAAAAUCAAAAGAGCUUCUCUGAGUUUUGGGAAUUUUGAGUAUACUGGACAAGUGCGUAAAAUUUGUAAAACCAAUGAGGCCAAUAUUUAAGAAUAUUCACAGUAUUGUUGGAUACAUAACCCUUUAAUAAUUUAUGAUGUUUUACUCAAAGAUUAAUUUAUAGAGAUUGUUCUGUAUUGGACAGUACGAAUAGCAGGGAUUUUUAAUGAGAAAAUCAUUGGCUUCAAACAUCUUAAACUAAACUCUAU